UUCCUGGUUACAGAUAGGUUUGAGAAGGACACUCACAGACUGGAGGGGUGGAGUGACUAGACAGACAUGCAAAGCGCGUAGGUAGGUGCCUGCAGCCAACCUGAGUGUGAGAGCUGAGUCUGCGAGUGUACCUUGGGAGCGUCUGUGCUCUUCCCCGGGACAGGGAAGGUUCUCACCACUACUGUUUGAAGAGAAGCCCCAAGGACUGGCUGCUCACUGAGCCCUGUCCCUUUGUCCUCAGGAUGACCCUGUUUGUGUGACAGCACCUCACCCUGGAUAGUUGCGAUCCUGCCCGGCCCGGCCCCGUGUUGUCUGAGAGAGAAGCUGGGAGGCAUUUAAGGAGGAGGACACGCCCACACCAUCCUGAGCAACUGAGGAGUCAGUUCAAACUUCUCAUCCAGAUUCUGGAGGGAGGACAGCACCACAGGGCAGGAGAGCAGAGCCAGAGAGGACCGGCAGGCAGUCAAGGUGCCCAGAACAACCAAAGGAGUCACCCUGUCCUGAUCAGCACAGCCCCAGGGUCCAGUCGCCAUGGACUCUGCAGAGUAUGUGCUCUGUGGCUGGAAGGGUCAGCUGUGGCCCGCAAGGGUGUUGUCCAGACCCAGGACCCCAGCCCAUAGUAAGAGGAGAGGGACGCCUUUCCUGGAGGUCCAAAUCCUGCCUGUGGGUGAGAAGAUGAGAGUGAGGAGCACCGAGGUGAGGCCUCUAACCAAGUCUGAAAUCAUAAGCAUUGCCUCCUUGUCAAGAAAGGAGCCACGGGGCUCACCAGGGCAGAGCAGGGCAUACAGAAGAGCCCUCAAGGUGGCACUAGAUGUUCUGGGCGAGGGAACCUGCUUGUUUCAAGGAGGAAGACCAGGCGGCCGAAGAACCAGCACAGUGGCUCCAAAGAUUCCAAAAGAGCAGGCCAGCUCCAGCUCCAGCCUAGGCCAGCGCCUGUGCCUGCGCCUCCAAGGGCGCAACCAGAAAGGCCAAGGCCCCUCCCAGAGGAGUCCUGGGAAGCGUGGCCGCCCUGGCCCUGUGUUGAUGGACUCACAGAGUGUACCUGCAGUGCAAGGGGGGGAAGCCCAGGCCCACACUGCUGUAGGGCCCCCUCGCCUUGUAAUGCAAGGGAGAGUGUUAAGAGGCACCAGAGUGUGGCCAAGUAACUCUGAGGCACCUUUGGGAAAUGCUGGUGGUGAUCCAAGGAAGAGAAAGCCAGUAACAUCCAAGCCCAGGUCUUUGAGUGCCCCGGCCUCCAGGGAGGGUACCCGGGCUAAAAACCACCAGCACCACCAACACCACCAACACCAGCAGCAGCAGCAGCAGCAGCAGCAGCAGCAGCAGCAGCAGCAGCAGCAGCAGCAGCAGCAGCAGCAGCAGGCUGCCUCUGGGCCACCGAGGCGCAUCUCUGUCUCACCCAAAGCUCUCAAACAACGAGUUCGGUGUCCUGGCCUAGAGAUCCGGGCAAUAGGAGCCCAAAGGAAGACCGCCCUCCCAGAGAACAAGGACCAUCCUGCCCCGGGAACCCCAAAGCCUGACUCAAAGGGGGCAUCGGCAGCCUGCAUGCCUCCAAUCCCAACGCUGCGGAGGUCACUCCGCAUAGCUAGCCGAAAAAGGAAGGUCCGUGUGCUGUGCACACAGUGCGGGCUCCCAAAACUGGGACCCCAAGUGCACUCAAAGGUGACUAACACCAGGUUCAAGAGGAGAAGGGCCGGAGUUCCUAAAGAUGCUCAAGCCACCAACGUGGCUUCUGCCCAGGGGCCCAGUACCAUCGAGCGGGGAACGCUGGUCUGGUUCAAAUUUCAGGACCUUCCCUUCUGGCCAGCGGUGGUCAAGAGUGUCAGCACCAUUGACAAGAUGGCAAGGGUGCUGUUGAUCGAGGGCAACAUGCAGUUUGAGCGCAGGGGUAUCCGCGUCCCUCUCCGCAAGUUGAAGCAUCUGGACUGUGGGGAGAAAAUAUCACUCUUGAGGAGAGCCAGAAGGCUGUACGCCCAUGGCAUCAACUGGUGCUUCUCAGUGAUCGACCACUACAGAGAGGAGCUCGCCUGUGGCUCCUUCCUGGGCUCCUUUAUUGACUACUUCACCACCCAAGCCAGUUACCCACUGAGGAGAGCCAUCCAGGAGGGUGACCUGCACAUCGAUUUCCCCAAGGUGAGCUAUGCCGACCUGGAAGAUUGGGAGGAGGAGACCACCCCAGGUGGGAAGGGGCCCCACAAGAAAUUCCUGCCUGACCGCAUGAAGGCCGCUUGGGACAGAGCUAACCAGAAGCUCGUGGACUUCAUCGUGAAGAGAAAGGGGGCCGACCAGCACCUGAUGGACAUUGUGAAGGGCAGAAAACCGUCCAAGUGGCUGGACGCUCUCUGGAAAUCAAAGAGGGAAGUCCUCUGUAUUGAGACCUACCUGGAGGACGAGGACCAGCUGCAUCUCGUGGCCAGACAUUUGCAAGAAGUAGCCAAGGAAGCAGACAAGGCCCUGCUCUCGCUGGCAAGAGGAGACAUAGUGAGGUUUACGAUGGAGGUUCUUCUUCCAGAAGCAAUCAUCUGCUCGAUCGCCAACCUGGAUGAGCUCAGCUACAAGGAGGCAGAGGAGAAGUACCUGCGUGGCCCACCCGUGCAUUACCGUGAGAAAGAGCUAUUUGACAAGAACAUCUUAAAGGCGGCCAGGAAGAGAUCUGCAGCCAGGAUUCAGGCUGCCAGGCACCCUCCUGUGCACACUCCUUAGAAGGGAGCUUCCUCCUUUCAGCCUUCACCCCUGAGGCUCCCAAGACAGGAGACAGGAAGCACCUCCAAACAGGAACAUCUGGGAGACCCUGUGGUGUGCUAUGGCCACUGUCAAAGCUCCUCACAAAGUGUUUCUUUCCCCCUCAAAAUAAAUAUCCAUGUUCAUGCUUG